AUGACUUCCAAUUCUCUCCACUCAACAAUCUUCAUCGCCGUGGACUUCGGGACCACUCACACAUCCGUCGCAUACUUUAAACCCGAUGCUCAGGUCGAGGUAGAGGUUAUGAAGGAUUGGGAACAGUGGUCAGCCGAAAGGAUUCCAAGCAUCCUGAGAGUGAAAGGAGACGGCACGUCAUCCACGUACGGAAGGGACGCAAUGAACGGAUCGCAUUCCGACGACAAGUAUGAAUGGUUCAAACUCGGCCUCGAUCCUGAUCGAGAAUCCCGCCGGGCUGCGACGUCCAAGCUAUACACCAUAUUGCCCGAUAAUCCAGCGCAUCUUGCCACCCGUCUGAGUCUCGCCAAAUGUCGAAAUCUGGUCAUCACAUUUCUGAAGCACAUCCGGCGCGCUAUUGACAACUACUUCCGUACAUCAGUACAUGCGCUGCAUCCGGGAUACGCGAACGCACGUCGACUGUACACCAUCACUGUUCCUGCCAUGUGGACACCACGGGCAAAGGACCUCACUAGAGAGUGUGCUGCCCUAGCCUUCGAGGUUAACAAGGAUAAGAUCCAGGUUGUUGCCGAGCCCGAAGCUGCUGGCAUCUAUGCGCUGGGCCACAGGAUGUUGACGCCGGAGCAAGGGCAGUCAUUCGUGAUCCUUGACGCUGGCGGUGGCACCGUCGACCUUUCAACGUACCGGAUUGCCAAGUUCAACACCGGCCCACGUGGGCCCGAGAUGUCGCUAGACUCUCUCUGUAUCAGCGGUGGUGGACUGUGUGGGAGCACCUUCCUCGACGGCCUAUUUGAGCGUUACAUUGAGAGCCGCCUCAGAGAGACGGCACGCAGGUCCGCGCAGAGAGGAUGGCCAGUCGAUCAGUUUCAGAGGACCUUGAAGCGGUGCGUACGAGCUAUGGUAGCACAGUUCGAGGCCUCAGUCAAGGAAGGUUUCACGGGCACCGAAAAAGACGACUACCAGUUUUGGUUUCCUGCCGAUGGAAUGGUCGGGUACGGUAUCGACGAGGGCCAGGUUCCCAUCACCGCAAAGGAAAUACGGGAGAAAGUCUUUAAUCCCGUUCUUGAUGAAAUCGAAGAGCUUGUGAAGGAUCACCUGGAAGCUUCAAAGGCCCGCGAAGGCAAUAUCAAAGCUGUCUUACUUGCUGGCGGCUUCGGACAGAACAUGUACCUGAAAAGGAGGUUGGAAGGAGUCGUAAGGAAGUUUGACCGGGGCAUUGGGCUUCUCAAGGUGCCCGACGGAAAACUCUCCAUAGCGAAAGGAGCUGUGCUCUACGCAUAUUCCGCCUCUGGAGCAGGAGCUUUCCGCCCUGCUGAACCAUCGCCUGGUUCUGGUUUGACGCCCACUAUAACCGGUCCGAUGCUCAUACGAAUGCGACAAAUCGUCGCCACAGCGUCGUACGGUGUCGAGGCGUGGGAGGUAUAUGACGAAGAGAGACACAAGGAUGCCAAGAGCCGACCAUGCAAGGACUCUAGCGGCGGCUGGAUAGUCAAGGUCAUCGACUGGUAUAUAAAAAAGGGAGACAAGUUCCGCGAGGGAGUAUCCAAGUCAUACCCUGACUUCAUCAUCCAGCAAAGCGUUCGUGAUGGCGGAGAGUUCAAAACGGAUGUCAUCAUCCAUACCUGCGAAGAAGAUAUAAACGACUUGCCGUUGUACCCGGACACCAAGGAUCACCCGGAACCUCGACUCAAGAAUGCCCCGAUCGUCCUGGAGAUGGUGAUAGAUGCGAACUCCGCCAAACAUCUCAAGCGAGGGGAGGUGAAUGGCAAGUUGAUGUUUAUCGUCGAGUUCGAGCUGCAUACCCAGAUGAACUCGGGGGAAAACCGCUGGUGGCUGCAGCUUGGCAAGCGCAAGUUUAGGCCCAAAGAUGUCUAUUUCAAAGCAAAUAGGUCGUAG